UCAAACCUAAAAAUUACAAAUAAGCAAUCAAAAGACCAAACUACAAUAUUAUAUAGAAAAAUACAUAUUUUAGGUGCAAAACAUUUUAAAUAGGAGUUCAGUAUCAGAAGGAGAUGCAAUAUAUUCAUAACAUUUGGAAGGAAUUAAAGUAUUCACAAUUCACACCAUUGGAAGUAUUUAAUUUUUUGACAAUUUUUCAUACUGGAAGUGACUAAGACCAUGGAUGGAUAUUAGCAUUAAAAACAGUGAAAAUGUCGACGAAUUCUGAUGAAAGUCUUAUUCACAAUCUAACAGAUGAAUACCAAAAUAUGACAGGGAAAUGUCACAAUGUAACAGGGAACUAUCACAAUGUGACAGGGAAAUGUCACAAUGUGACAGGGAAUUAUCACAAUGUGACAUUAAGUGACCAAAACUGGGAUGAUUCUUCAAUGGAAAGAGCAAUAUCACUUUUGGUAAUAACACUUAUAAUCAUAUUGGCCAAUACAUUGACUUUGAUUGUAGCACAUAAAUUAGUGAAACAAGGCCAGAAAUUUACAAACUUAUUUAUAUUUGCUUUAGCAUGGACUGAUCUGCUAGUUGCUGUUUUAGUUUUGCCAUUUUCAUUAGCAGGGCAUUUUGGAGUUUUCAUUGACCAUCACAACAUAAUUUGUAAAUUCAGUUUCUUGGUAACGAACACGCUCACACAGAUGUCCGUAUUUCUUAUUGUAGCCAUGAGUGUUGAGCGUUACAUGGCAUUUGUUCAUCCUCUAGUCCACAAAGUUAAGUUUACAUUGACGAAAGCAAGAUGGACGAUUGUUCUGAUUUUUGCGACAUGUUUCACUGGUUCGAUUUUACCUGUGUUUGGUAUAGGUGAACUAGACAAUCACGGAUAUGUGUGCAUGAUUAAAUGGGACUCUGCAUCCUUAGCAGGGAAAAUUGUGAUGUAUGUAUUAGCUGGUGCAGGAAUAGCAAUGAUAACAUUGGUUUGGAUAUUGAAUAUCUUGGUAAUUUACCAUUUAAAUAUAAAACAGUCAAUCCCACUUAACAAGAACAGUUUAAGUACAAGGAUUAAAUCGGGAACAGAGUCCUCACCAAAGCUGAGAGUAAAGAAAACAUUAAACUUUAGGAUACUUAUAGGAAAAUGUCGAGGAAAUGCAAAAAUGAGAGAAAAAUCUAGGAAAAAUAAAUCAGAAAUAAAAUUUGCCCAGAUAACCAUUGUUCUAGCAUUUUUCUUCUCUCUAUGCUGGCUGCCAUACUGUAUACGCUCAAUCAUGGUCCAAAGUGGAUACCCGAAAGAUAAGUUCAUAGACUUCAUCGUCACCAGACUGGCAGCCUGUAACUCAAUGAUCAACCCCAUCAUCUAUGGUGCACUGAAAGUUGGCUAUAGACGUGGAUACCUGUACCUUCUACGUCUUGCAGUGCAUUAUGUCUUGUGUAAACAGACAGAGAGACCUAAUGAAGAAAGCUUCCUUCAGAGUAGAACUCGAGGCACUUACCACAAACAAUGUUACUCUGUGAGUCAAACCCCCAAACUACUUCAUUCUCAAGGGGGAAGCCAACAGAAUGGUGGGUCAACCAGUUCAAACCUUGAUUCAAUACAUACCAGACAUAGUGCUACUCCUCAUAGGAAUUCACCUACAGUUAAUCGUUUAAUUAGAAUCGUUGCCAAGACAGAGCUGAACAGUAACAGUCAGGAUUCUAUAGACAAGUUACAAGAACAUUGUGGAAUAAGCACAACUGAUGAACCAAAAGAGGAUGUGUCUAUAUUGUAAUGACUAAAAGAUGAGAGCAGUUAUGUUAAGGGAUGCCCAAUGAUCACCAAGCAAUAUGAUUUUAGCUGACAUUCUCCAUUUCAGUUGGUUAUUGAACUUCGCUUUGCAAAAGGCUCAUACAGAUUAAAACUGAACAUUCAUUCAUUGUUUCUUUAGUGCUACUGUAAAAUCAUCUUAUAUCUUAUUAAUGCUAAUAAUGAUUUAAGAUAUUAAAUGCCAAAUGUGUAA